AUGGCUGAAGAGAAGGGCCAGAUGGAAAUGGGAAAGACGCUCGACACCGAAUCCGAUGACUCUUCCAUACCACCUCCCGGAAAUGAAGAGACUAUGGCUGAAAACAUACAAGAGUCACGGGUCGAGGCGGCGGAAGAACUCACUCACGCAAAGACGAACCAGUCAGAGGCGGAACCAGAAUACCCCAGCCGCAAGAAGCUCAUCCCCACUGUCAUCGCCCUCUACCUGGCCUUCUUCCUCGUUGCCCUGGACCGCACCAUCAUCGCAACCGCUAUUCCCACCAUCACCGAUGAAUUCCACUCCCUCAACGACGUUGGAUGGUACGCCAGCGCCUACAUGCUCACGGCAUGCUCCUUCCAACUCCUCAUGGGUCGGGUCUACACUUUCUACAACCCCAAGUGGGUCUUCAUCUGCGCCAUCGGCGUCUUUGAAGUCGGGUCGGCAAUCUGUGGCGCUGCUCCCAAUUCCAUUGCAUUCAUCAUCGGUCGCGCAGUAGCUGGCAGUGGCUCCUCGGGCAUCUUUUCCGGAGCGAUCGUCAUCAUCAUGAACCUCGUGCCCCUUCAUAAACGACCGAUUCUACAAGGAUUCAUGGGUGCAAUCUUUGGUCUUUCCUCCGUCAUCGGUCCUCUGUUGGGCGGUGUCUUCACAACAAAAGUGUCUUGGAGAUGGUGCUUCUACAUCAAUCUUCCCAUCGGCGGUGCCGCCAUCAUCAUUCUGAUUCUCAUCCUGCAUAUACCAAAAGCCAAGAAAGCUGGCACGCCGUGGAGGCAGCAGGUCCUCCAGCUUGACCCUAUAGGAACCGUCUUCUUCGUCGCGGGUAUCGUUUGUCUUCUACUAGCUCUGGAAUGGGGUGGAUCAACCUACGCGUGGGGCAAUGGACGUAUCAUUGCCCUAUUAAUUCUCUUCGUCCUUUGCAUAUCAGUCUUCAUCGGCGUACAGAUCUGGAAAGGAGAGACCGCCACCGUCCCUCCACGCAUCGUCACACAACGGAGUAUAGCCGCUGGUAUGUGGUCGCAACUUUGUGUCGGUUCAGCAAUGAUGACCCUGAUCUACUACCUCCCAAUCUGGUUCCAAGCUAUCAAGGAUGUUAGCGCCAUCAAGUCCGGCAUUGACACCAUUCCCUUGGUACUCGCCGUCGUCGUCUCGAGUAUCUCUGCUGGCAUCCUCGUCACCAAGGUUGGAUACUAUUCGCCGUUCAUGAUUGCCAACAGUAUUAUCAUGUCCAUUGGCGCCGGUCUGCUUACCACAUGGACACCAGAUACUCUGCAUCCGAAAUGGAUUGGAUACCAGGUCAUAUUCGGCUUUGGCUUAGGUCUGGGCAUGCAACAGGCUUCUUUGGCUGCGCAGGCGGUUCUUUCUAGGAAGGAUGCUCCCAUCGGUAUCGCCCUUGUCAUGUUCUGCCAACAACUGGGCGGUGCCAUCUUCGUCUCGGUUGGACAAAGCGUCUUCACCAAUCAACUCGUCAACGGAUUGAAGAGUGUCGCUGGCAUCAGUCCUGCUGUCGUUGUCAACACGGGUGCUACCGACUUAAGACAUGUUGUUGACCCAUCCAAUCUUCAUGGAGUGCUUGUGGCUUACAAUGGAGCUCUGACAAAGACGUUCACCGUGUCUCUGGCAAUGGCAUGCUUAUCCAUCAUUGGCGCUCUUUGCAUCGAAUGGAAGAGUAUCAAGCCUCCGAAGAAGCAAGCUGGUGAGGUUGAGAAGGGUGGGGCUGGCAUUGAGAAUGGUGAAGUCGGUGUUGAAAACGAAAAGGACAGCAUGGACGGAUAA